UUCUAGACCGUUAUUUGAAGCAUAAUAAUAUGAGAUAGGCAUUUUCUGUGUUCCGCUUUAUCUUCCUUCCUUGUCUACCCUAGAGUCGCCUUCUCUGUCACUCAUGCGUCAUCACCAGGCAGCGAGUUGUGGUUAUGAAAACCCCAACUAGAUUCUGAUCAUUGGCGUCCUGGUUUCCGCACCGCACGGUCGUGCUCAGGAGCUCCGUUAUAAUACUUACAAUUUUAUACCAGUUCCUAGCUUCUUCUGGUUCACUGAAAUGGAGGAUACAGCGGCUCCUUCUGUAACUAAUAUCAAAAAUAACGGUGAAGUAGCUCAGAAGCAUUCCAAACCUAGAAAGCGUGUGAGAGCAAGUAGUACUUCAUCAUCAUCGUCAAGUUCGACGAGCUCGAGUUCAUCCUCGUCGUCAUCUAGCUCUGCUUCGCAUAGCAAACGCAAAUUGAAGCGCCGCCACAAUAAAAAAAGGGGGGGCAAGCGUGGUCGUCGCCGUGAUUAUCGACUCGACAAAUUAUCACAGGAGUUAAGUGAACUUCGUAAAAGAUUUACUUUUCGUGACGGCAGCUCUGUUCAAUUAUCCCAAAAUGAUGUUUGUAGUAUAGAUGACAAUGUUAGUGGUGAUUUAUACGUUGAGGAACCUGCAACAAUAUUACGCGAACCUACGUGUGACGAUUCUUUUCAACCAAAUAUUAUUUUUGAUAUCGAAACUAAACUUAAAGAGCCCACCGUUCCGAAAACGCCCCAAAACUUGUUAGAAAUUUUGAAUAAUAUCCAACAUUUCAAUAGUAACGAAUGGUCCGAAGUUCGUUACGCUGAAGUCCAGAAAUUAUAUAAUUAUAGUCCCGGUUUUGUAGAUUUAGACGUUAAUGAUGAGUUGAAGGCUUAUGAUUCUUUGAAACAUUUAUGUUAUUCGGAUAAAUCAUACGCAGCAUUAACUUAUUGUGUACUCAAACAGCGCGAAACUUUGCAAUCUGCUUUGAAAUAUCUUUUACAGUGGGCUCAACAUUCUGAUUUAACUUUUGAGGGUAUAAAUGAAAAAAUUAACGAGUUGUUCCUAAAAGGCGAUCUGUUCAAAGUGUCGUCAGAUCUGCUCCAACUAAUUUGCGGACAUAGGGCUGAAGUAAUACAAAUGCGUCGUGACGGUAUAAUAAACCAUGUUCGGGACCCGAUUCACAAAGCUGCCUUGCGUAAAAUUCCUCCUUCCUGUGAUCACGUAUUUGAAUCCGAUAAGCUGUUGUCAGUUCUCGAAAAGUCAGGAGGUGUCCGAAAAAUAUUUUUCCCUCUGAAUAGACAAGGUCCUACUGUCUCCGCUUCGCAAGCGAUUACAAGUAGCAACAGACCUGCUCGCCUCCCCUCGCAGGGGCAGGCUGUUCGAAACGUACCCUCGCAGGGUGCUAUCUCACGUGGUUGUAGUGCUCAAUCGCACAUUUCCUAUAGCUAUCAGCCCUCGCAGGGCUGUUCUCAUACCCGUCCCUUGCAGGGACAGAGAUUUCACGGCAAUGAGUCGCGCUCAACGUUUGCCAGUAAUGCAAGAGGCUCCUUUGGUCCUAGAGGGGGGAGAUCAAAUAAUAGAGGACGAGGUCAAGAUAGAAAUAAUCGCAAACACGCCGGAUCUCAGUCAGACUAUAAUAACAUCAAAAAAAAGUAA